AUGUGGUCCAGCCUGGGGACCGCCGUUCUGCUCCUCCUCGUCUCCUCCGUCGUGGCCGAAGAUUCGCAGCGACUCACGCCCAUUCCAGCAGGGCCUCCAAUCCGAAACGAACAGCCCAGCACGGCACAAAACGACAGCCUGGUUAUUCGUCGCGACGCAAAACUCGAGCUCGAUGAGCUCUUCGGCCGGGACUUGUCGAAGAGAAAUAAUUGCCCCUACGGCUGCAGCAUUUGCUGCCAGGACGGGACCUGCGUCAGUUCUCUGAGCGACGUCUGCUGCGGCGGAUACUACUGCUAUUCGGGGAACACUUGUAGCAACGACGGGGGGUGCUGCUCUCCCGGCACUAAACCGUGUCACAAUGGGUGCAUUCCCGACGGGGGCGAAUGCUGUCGGAGCGGCGGGUACUGCGAUCCGGGGCGUUACUGCUACCUAGUCGAUAGUGUGCCGAAAUGCUGCCCUGCCGGAGGCUGUUUGGGGGGCGGUGGUGGCGGUGGUGUCGACUAUACGUAUACGUAUACGUCGACGGACUACUCGACAUCGACGAACUAUUACACCACGACAUAUGCUACUAUCUGGGAAUAUUACUCUUGGACUGUUACAUGGUCUUAUUGGGUCACGUUCUACACAUACUAUACCCCGUCGUCGACGAAUAUCCUGACUUCUACAACCACCAUCACAACCACCAUCGUCAGUGUCAGGGCUACCAACAGCGCCGAUGCGUCUUCGUCGUUCGAAGACAUGUCUGCGACAUUGACGUACUCUAUCCCGGCUACUGCCACCAAUCCGCCAACCCCAACGCAGACGAGCGAGUCUGCGACUGGGUCUGAGUCUGGGUCUGGGUUUGGGUCAGAUGGAGGCAGUGGGAAUGCCAACAUCGGGGGAGGUUCCAGCUCAGGAGGCAGCCUGAAUGCUGGCGACGCUCCUGGCGGCGCUGGUUCACUACGACCGCUCUUUGUAGCCUCUUGGUAUGACAUGAUUCUGAUCUGUGGGCUGAUGCUGCCGGCUAUCCUGGCGGUUUAUUUGUAA